CAAUGGUACUAGUGUGGUACAUGCCUGGUUAUUGAAGAUUUGGUAACUUUUCCUGUUCCCAAUUAGCUUUGGUGUUUUUAGUCUUUUAGGAAGAGCUGGCUCUCCUCCCAUUUCAUUCACUUUGCUCCAAAAGACUCAGUUAGUGAGUGCCGUUUGCUUAAUGAUGGGGUUAUUUCUCCUGUGUCUCCUCCUUUAUGCCCUGGGUUUAAAGUUUCACUUUCUGGACUGUGUGCUUUAGCCUGUUGCAGAUUUGGUUUGUUCUCAAAGGCUAUGGGUGAAGCAUGUCUUCUCCAGCUGUAAUGCAGUUCCACCAGGCCUUUGCCUGGACGGUGGAUGGUUCUUUUGCCCGUCUUUUUAUCUGUAGUUAGGGAUAGCAUGGUUAUUCUCGAAGGGACUGGUUGCUUUUCAACUUUGUUAGGUUACCAGUUGAGGUGAUUGAGGAACGUUGGUGUUUCUGGAUAAUUGGAGAUGUACUCAGGCCAGCAAUCUGAUCAAGGUCCUAGUGCAAAUAGUGGCAGAGAAUUCUCCGAGGCAAAUUGGAAUUCUUACACAAUGCAUCAAAAGAUAGCUUAUAGUGGACAACAUGGGUUUGGACCUUACGGCAUGGGCUUAGAAGAUAGGCUGGGGUUGUAUCAAUCUUCAUCUGGUACAUUAAGUCAUGACAUCCAAAUGAGUGAUGAGCAUAGCGGAGGUGUGAAGAAGAGGAAAGGAGUGGAGGACUGUGUCACAUUGUUGCCUAAUGCAGGUGAUCAACAAACAGAAGGUUCAUCUCAGCCAGAAAGGAAUUCAAUGGAGGAGGGGAACAGAAAGAUUUCGCCCAAAAUACAAAGCAAGGAAGAUUCUUCUGAUGGUGAUGGUACUAAAGAGGACUAUGUUCAUAUCCGGGCAAAGCGAGGUCAAGCCACUAACAGCCACAGCCUCGCAGAAAGACUGAGGAGAAAAAAGAUAAGUGAGAGAAUGAAGCUUCUUCAAGAUCUUGUUCCUGGAUGCAGUAAGAUCACUGGCAAGGCAGUCAUGCUCGAUGAGAUUAUCAACUAUGUACAGUCAUUGCAACGACAAGUGGAGUUCUUGUCAAUGAAACUUUCAACUGUUAACCCUGAACUUGGCUUUGACAUUGAGCAGAUCAUAUCCAAACAAAUGAUGCUUUCACAAGACAGACAUCUUGCUUUCUAUGGAGUCGAUCCAGGAUCAAGCAGCCUUACUGCUCCAUUCAACCAAGGAAUCGUGCAGCCAGCAAUGAUGUGCAACAUUUCUAAUCCUGCCGAUGUUUUGCACGGAACUAUUCAUGACGUGUCAACAAUGAACCAGAUACCUUCCAUGUGGGAAGGACUUCAGAGCAUGCCUCAGAUGAACUUCAACCCUGGUGUGGCAGCUGAUAGCGGCACCAACAACUCUGGCUCCAUGAAGAUCGAACAGUGAGCUGCUGUAUAGUAGCUUCGAAAUUGUUGUGUGAAUCACUGAAUCAUCGUAAAGCGCUCUCGAGAUGAAGCUUUUUUUGUAUAGCUGGAGGCCUGACCAUUUAUGCUGGAUUCCUGCGGUUGCUCCCAUACUGUGCGGCACAUUGUUUAUGGUAUGGCAUAUGGAUCGUGUACAGCUGGAGCUGAAGAACUGAUUCCACUGUAAAUUUCUGUUGUGCUUUGGCCUGCGAAAAUUGGGAUGGAAACCUAGUAGCAUCCAUGAAAUUCAAGGACAGAAGCUUGUUGGGAUUGGGACUUGGGACCACGUGCUGAAUACUGAUGGGCCUAAACGUACUAGACGAGUACUAAUAGAAUCGUAGUUGUAGGUAAAAAAAUGCAGAGUUUGAAACCAGUGGUUUUGUCAGAAAUUCCAUGGAGUUUGCUAUAUUUAUUUAUGAUAUCAAAACAGAAACUGAAUGGCCGCUGGCAC